UAGAUAUCUGGUAAUGUCGAUGGAUACUCUUGUCAGGACCGGCGAAUCCCAAAAUCAACGUGACAGCUGGUAAUGCCUCAUACACAUUGUGUUAACGUGAACUCAACUACAUAGUACUACUUUUCCUGCCACGUAUACCGCAAUUUAAUAAGGACACGCGUCCAAAAGGCCCUCCCAUUUAUGGCCGGACCUCUUUGCAUUCAGUUCUUUCACCGAUUUCCUGAGAAAAAGUAAGUUAAUGUUCUUUAACACUAUCUUCUUCAACUCCCCCUGCUACUUUCAGCUAGAAGAAGAUGCAAGGAAUGUGCAAUCAUAGAGAAGAGGAAAGUUUAAAGAUUAUUUAUGUUCUGGUAGUUCUGAGAUGAGUUCACGUGAAGUGUAUGCAACGUUGUCCGUGAGUUUUGCGAGCAAGAAUUUCAAGAAAAAGAUGCCAAACCAAUGUCUCCACUUGUUCAAUGUGAGAAAGAAACCUCAAUGCUCGCUCUUCUAGGGUUUCUUGAGUGAGCACAAGCUGAAGCAGAUUUGAAAAUGUCUACUUUUAUAAAGUGCUAUGAGUAGAUCUGAAAGAUUCCGGAAGAAGAAGCCUUUUAGUUCUUGAAGAAUUCAAAUCAUUUUGUUUAUGGAUCAAACUCAGAGAAUCUCAAGAUUCUACCAGUCUUAAUUUGAUGGAACUUUUGGUUUCAAGGUACUCCUACUCUCUUAUCUUGCUUUUCUUUGUAAUUUCUCUUCUUCCACUGGUUAGAUCAGGGGAUGUAAAGGCUCUUUUGUCUCUGAAAUCGUCCAUUGAUCCUUUAAACACUCUUCCAUGGCAAGGAAGCGAUGUUUGCAAAUGGAAAGGGAUCAAGGAAUGUAUGAAUGGAAGAGUAACCAAACUUGUUCUAGAGUACUUGAAUUUGAGUGGUACAAUAGAUGAGAAAAGUUUGAAUGAGUUAGACCAGCUUCGUGUAUUGAGUUUCAAAGGUAACUCAAUAUCAGGCCAAAUCCCAAAUCUGUUUGGCCUUGUCAAUCUCAAAUCCCUUUUUCUAAAUGACAACAAUUUCUCUGGUAAAUUCCCAGAGUCCCUUUCAAGUCUACACCGUUUAAAAGUCAUAGUUUUAGCCAAUAACCAAAUAUCCGGUCCCAUUCCUUUAUCCCUCCUAAAUCUCACCCGAUUGUACAUGUUUUAUUUGCAAGAUAAUAACCUCACCGGAAAAAUCCCUCCUUUCAGCCAAACCAAUCUCAGAUUCUUCAAUGUCUCCAACAAUCAACUGUCUGGUCAAGUUCCAUUAACCCCAGCUUUAGUCCGGUUCAAUACAUCAGCCUUCUCCGGUAAUAUUGAUCUUUGUGGCAAACAAAUUCAAAUCCCUUGUAAAAGUAAUGAAUUUGGGCCUACAUUGAGUCCUUAUCCCGCAAGGCCGAGGUCAAAAUCAUCAUCAUCAUCAUCAAAAAGGGUCAAAAUCAUAGCAGCAAGUGUAGUUGGAUUUGUAGUGGUAUUAGUUUGUAUAAUAUUGUUAUGUUUGGGAUGGCGAUAUUGUAGAAAGAAAGCGGGUUCCGGGGAGUUGAGAAACAAAGGGGUUGUUGGUGUUGAAGGAAUAGAGAGAGCAGAGGGAACAGGAAGAGGAAAAGAAGGAGGGUUUUCAUGGGAGGGUGAGGGAUUAGGGAGUUUGGUGUUCUGUGGAGCAGGAGAUGAGCAAAUGAAUUAUAGCUUAGAGGACUUAUUGAAAGCAUCUGCAGAGACUUUAGGAAGAGGUACAAUGGGUAGCACAUAUAAGGCAGUAUUGGAAUCAGGAUUCAUAGUAACAGUUAAAAGGCUAAAAGAUGCAAGGUAUCCAAGAAUGGAGGAAUUCAGGAGGCAUAUGGAGAUUAUUGGGAGAUUAAGGCAUCCGAAUUUGGUGCCUCUUAGAGCAUAUUUCCAGGCGAAGGAGGAGAGACUUCUAGUUUAUGAUUAUUUCCCAAAUGGGAGUCUCUUUUCUCUCAUCCACGGAACAAGAACUUCCGGUGGUGGAAAGCCUCUUCAUUGGACAUCAUGUCUCAAAAUAGCCGAGGACUUAGCCAGUGGAUUGCUCUAUAUCCACCACAACCCUGGACUAACCCACGGCAACUUGAAAUCCUCCAAUGUCUUAUUAGGUCCCGACUUUGAGUCCUGCUUAACAGAUUAUGGUCUUUUCUCAUUUCGUGAUCCGGACUCACUAGAAGAACCCAGUGCCGCUUCUCUCUUCUAUAGAGCCCCUGAAUGCCGCAACAUGUGGAGACAACCCACCCAACAAGCUGACGUUUACAGCUUCGGCGUCCUCCUUUUGGAGCUAUUAACUGGGAAAACUCCUUUCCAAGACCUUGUUCAGGAACAUGGUUCAGACAUUCCUAGAUGGGUGAGGUCCGUCCGCGAAGAAGAAACCGAGUCUGGGGAUGAUCCUGCCUCGGGUAAUGAGGCGUCCGAGGAAAAACUUCAAGCUCUUUUGAAUGUUGCAAUGGCUUGUGUGUCACUUGCUCCUGAUAGCCGUCCAAUGAUGAGAGAAGUUUUGAAGAUGAUCAGAGAUGCAAGGGCUGAAGCUCAAAUCUCAUCCAACAGUAGUGAUCAUUCACCGGGGAGAUGGUCCGACACGGUUCAGAGCUUGCCUAGAGAAGAACACUUGAGCAUUUGAGUGGUUCAAUUUAAAUUUUUGAUUCUUUUCAAUUGGAUCUCGAUUGAUCUACUACUAGUGUAAAGUUUGAUUAUUGGUGCUUUUUGGCGUGUUUUUAGUUGUAUAAGAUUGAAUCACUUUCUCCAAUUUACCAUUCCGUGAGGAUUUGUUAGCUGA